AUGAGGCGAGAAAGACGAACUUCGUCUGCGGAUACUGCCUACGACUACGAUUUGGACGAAGAGUACGAUCAGGAACCAGGGAGGGGGGGGUGGGACUACGACCCCGGGCUUUCGGCGGGGAUUGGGGCACGCCGGCGAGAUGUGCAAGUCGACAAGGUCCGCGCUAAGACCAAGUCUGCCUCGAUGAGGCGGCCGCUCGAGGACGACCAACAGUCGAUGGAGGCAGAGCAGGAGCAGGAGUUUGCCGGAAGAGCGGUUGAAUUUGAACCCGUUGGCUCUAAAAAGGCGAAGGCGUUAAUAGAAGACCUUGGCUACACUGAGGCUGAGGUGGCCUGUAUCGACCCGGACAUGGCCGACCUAGCCAUCGAGCGCGCGAUUCGCAGGCCGGCCUCCGGCAUGCCGCGGGACUGGGUUGCCGUCGGUAUGCCACCACCGCCGCCCCCACUCCCCUCCUCCACCGCCCCAGCUCCCUCCUCUUCUCAAACUUUCUUCGGCGGAGGCGCUACCGCUGCCGCUGAGGAUGUUGUCAGGACCAGCAGGGGAAGCGGCGACCGAGGUGGUGUCGUCGACGACGGUUCACUCGAUCUCGACGCGAUCCUGGGCGAUGGGUAUGACUACAACGGGGUCGGCGGCAGGAGACGGAAGGGAACACGCCGCAACGGUUCCCGCAACACCGCGGGUGGUUGGAGAGACGAAGAAAGGAGGAGGGGGCACAACUACUAUUAUGAUGACGAUGAGGAGGCUCCGCAUUUGGGAAGGGGGGGCAUGUACGAUCGGGAGGAGGACUUAUUCCCCCGCGGCCGGGACGAAGGUAGAGGGAGGGGGCGUCGCGAAAUGGACGGCGGUGUGGGCGGUCCUAGGGGGCAGAGCAAGAGACCGCGGAGGAAAGAAAGAACCGAGAUUAGCCCAGCGGAGCGGUACGAGAGGCAGAUUUUUGGAGAACUAGGGGGUGAGGAUGGCAAGGGUGCUGGUAACAGGCGGGCCCUCUGGGAUGAAGACGAUGAAGAAGAUGAAGGGAAGCUUUGGACGGGGGUUGGCCCUGACGGACCUUGGCCGACGAUGGAGGAGUUCACGAAGCUACUGCGGGAGGAGACGGAGGUGCGGUUGAGCCUAGUUGGACCAUGGGCGGCAGAAGUGGUGGCUUUGGAGAACCGGUUCCGGCUACAGGCUUACGAGAAAUGGCUGGAAGUCCUGGACAAGGGGAUAGGCGAGACACUGGAGGAGGCGGGGGUCUUCGACGCCGCUUUCACGGACGACGAUGACUACGAUGACGACGGCAACACCGACGGUCGAAGCAGAACAGCCCGUCGUCGCUCCGGCACGAACAACCUGUACGACGAUUACACCAGCUACGGCUACGGGCAAGAUGCGGAUGUGCGGGGGGCCGGUAGAAGCGGGUACGACGUCCAGGGUCAGCGAGACGAACGGGGGUUCGACUACGAUGACAGGUACGCUUUGUAG